AUUUGGCAAAUGCCAGUAUUCGUCGUCACAUUUCUGGAUGUGUGCAUACAGCUAUUACAUUGAACCGAGACAUCGAUCUGCAUCAUGUGCGAAUGGAUCGGCGGGCAGGAUACGAUGAAUGCUAACAGGACUGUCACCUUGAUAGUGAAGUCAUAGAUCAAGGAGAAAAACCACAUGCCAAGAACACGAUCCGGUAAUACCGGUCACAGACAAUGCAAAGAUGAAGCAACAGGGAUGAGCGAAACCAUUAGACCCGGUAAAAGUAAUCAUGGUCAAUCUUCCACAACAGAUGAAGCUACAAGAAAAAUGCUGAGACCCAGUAAACCAUAUUUAGAUCAAUGUAAAGAUGAAGCAACAGCUAUCAGAGAAAGCAUUAGGCUUUUAAGAGAAAUUGAAGUCAGAAGCCGCAGAGCAGCCAUCUUGUGCUACAAAACUUCAAGUACAAAUGAAUGCUUAUAUAUAUUAUUUGCAGUUAUUAAAGUGAUGGUCGUUGCUGUUGUUGGGAUCAUGACACACAAAUAUCUGUCGAAAACAAUUGAAGGCAAAGUUUCAUCUGCUGAAUACAAGAUCUUCAUUAAUGAAUGUAUUGAAAAAAGAGAGGAAAUAUGUAUCAAAGCUCGUCCAGAUGAAAAGAUCUACAAGGAGUAUGAAAAACUUACGACCAUGUAUGAUAGAGAUGAAAACAGCCAUGUUGGUUGA